UCACCGUCGCUGCCCAAGACCUCUUCGGUGCCAGCGCCAUAGCACGUCCCUUAUCCACGCCACUUUUGGUGAUUUGCGACGCCGAGCAUCCCCACCUCUUACCCGUCGUGCAUGACCGCUGGUCGAGCCGUCGACGAUCACCCCUUUCUGUACGCUAUUUUAAACCAAAUUGGAAACCUAAAAUUAUUACACACUCGCUGCUCCUUACCUCUUUCUGCUUCUUUCCUACUUGUACAUGACUAUAGUAGUACCUUACUUCAGUAGAUUUAAACAAGAAGGGCCUGAACAGCAAGAAGCUCUAAACGCUCCUUUUAAGUUAGGUUUGAGCAUAGUUUAGACUUUAGUAUGACUGGGUAAUUCCUAGUCGCUUAAUACUAAUAGUCUGAGAUGAAUCAGUAUUCGAAUUCAAACUCAAGACUUAGUAUAUGCGAAUCCGCUUGAGAGUAACCCGAUGACCAUUAAUUUACCACUCUUGGUGAUUCCUCCUUCUUCAUUUCUUCUUCUUAUGUUCUUUUUUCAAAUUUUCUUUUACAUUCUCCUUCUGCAUUUCUUCUCCAUUCUUUUUUCUAAUACCAAAAAAAUAUUCUACAAUUUAUCAUAGCACGUAAAUUUUUUAAAAUGAUUUUUAUAAUUGUCUUUAUAAUACCAUUUUUCUACUUUAAACCGAACAACUCGGACACCUAAAAUAUGUUUGGAUCUGUUUGGGAUGGUUUUGUCGAAUGCUGAUCAAACGGAAGGAAAGCACUGAAACAUCCAGAGUCGGUCAGACAUACUCAAAUGGGGAUAACUAGGGAGAAGAAUCGCUCUCAUUCGUCAACAUCGCCUUGUUCGCAUCUCAGAGCUGCCUACCACAAUUGCUUCAACAGGUGGUAUUCAGAGAAGUUCGUCAAGGGGCACUGGGAGAAAGAGGAAUGCAUUUCUGAGUGGCAAAAGUACAGAGCUUGCCUUUCUGAACAUUUGGAUGACAAGCAUCUGAGUCGAUUUUUGGAAGCAGAGACCGUUGUCAAUGCGGCCAUUAAAGAUGAUUCUGGAAACCCUGUUGAUGAUGCAGCUACUCGUGUACCACAGUGAUCCAAGCUCUUACUUUUAUUGCUCCAAGGAUAAAAAAAAGGGUGAAGGUAAUCAUUGAGAGGCUGAUUUACCUAUUCAACCGAAUAAAAAAGAGAUUCGUGAUCAAUUGGGACUGCAAAAGCUAUUUCUUUUUCAGUAGGAAAGUUGUGUUUCAUGGCACAUACUCUGAUUACCUGGUAUUGAAGAAGAGGGAUCUGGAAAAUGUAAUAAUAAAGGUGGACGGUAAACAGACUAUGGAGAGUAGAAGUAUAGAUGAGAAUAUUAGAGUCUCAUGAGGCGCUGUUAUUAACUGGAAAUAUGGUUUUAUGUCAUGUGUGCCACAAAAACAUGCACUAAUAUUUUCAUUUUUAUGCAAAAUUUAUAUAAAAAUUCUUUGAGUGCUACAUGCACUCUUGUUUUGUUGGUCA